AUGCCCGAAGCCGUGAACCCUUGGGCCGGUUGGUUCAGCACCGCAAAGCCACACCUCAAGAUUGGCCGAAUUCGCGCUCCCGGGUCACGCCCAAAGAUUCCAUCCCAACCGAAGAAAACCACAUUCAGUUGUCAAGAAGAAUACACUGUCCGCGUUGGGUUCUCACUGAUCUUUGAGCAUGAAUAUGCCACCCAUAAAUCCGUGGACGCUGAGACAAAAGAGUGCAAGGAGAUUCAAACAAGCAUGAAAAUGUUCACGUUUCCCUCGAACAGUCGAUUCUAUUUCGCCUACAUCAAAGUCCCUGACAAUUUUGACUUCAAGGAAGAUGACAAUUUCGACAUCAGACCAUGCUAUACUAGCAGCCUCUCCGAGGUUCGUGCGGUUAUCAUUGAAAAACACCACCUCUGCCCCAAUGGAUGGGCUACUGCUCGGAUCUCGCAAUCGUGGACUUCGCAAAAUUCGCCAUUCAUUUCGUUGCAACAUAAACCCCUUUCAUUGACUGAAACCACAACGGUUAUUGAGGUGGAACGACACCUUUCCCGAGAGGUCCUUUUGAAGCAGCAUUUGAGCCCUAGGCCAUUCGAACAGCAGAUCAAUGCAAUGUCCCAACUUUACGAGAACCGCGAGCCACUAAAGGACCUGUGGAAAAUGCUGCUCUCCGGCAAUUUUGAGCACUUCCAUUCAUUGAACCGCUAUGGGAAAUUACGCCAGGACUUGCUUGAAGGCUUCCAAGACCGGCUUCUUCAAUUUGCGAAAUUCAACAGUCGCCAAAUGGAGGCUUUUGAACAUCUACGUGAGCUCCCCGGUCCCUUUGCCUUGAUCCAGGGGCCACCGGGAACUGGAAAGACCUACUGGUUGCUGCGGUGUUUGCUGCCAUUCUUGAAUGAGAAUGUCAAGACCGAUACGAAGCACCAGCUUCUCAUUACAAUACCAACAAAUGAUGGCGUUUGCCGAACGGCCCAGGAUAUGCAUAAGGCUUGUCUCGGCAUGUUCGAACCAGCCAAGCAGGUCACUGUCGUCCGUGUGCAGCACCUUCCCGGAAGUGACCCGCUAAGCUCAUCCUCCCAGCGGGAGACUUUAGAGAUUUUGAAUACCAUGGUCUUUACAGACGCAGCCCUGAAUCUGCGAUUCAGCCAGCCACACUCGUCACGCACUGCUUCCAACGUCGAAUUAAUUUACGCACACUGGAUGUUACGGCUUUCGGGUAUCAUUCCAGAGGGGAGCAAACCAGACAAAUAUCGGUCAUUCCGCGAAUCGUUUGAGAAGUUUCGAAACCGGACUUUCCUCGAUGAAGAGGCGCAGGUACAAUUAUGUGAAGACACCAACACACUUCUGCGCGCUGUACUCGAGACAGCAGAUGUAAUUGUCUGCACUCCCUUUACAGCCGGCCAUCCCACCAUCGUGAGCGCCAUCAAGCCAGCUGUGGUUGGAGUCGACGAAGCAGCGAAGUUCACAGAACCCGACAUGUGGCCCAUCAUGGCCCACUAUUAUCCCAGUCCUAUCUUGAUGGCAGGCGACCACUGCCAGCUAGGGCCCACGGUAACCUCGAGCUGGCAGAAAAACCCGUUUUGUUCUCAACUUCGGUUGUCAUUGUUCAAGCGUUUGAUUGAUGGUCCCAAUCCGUCAAUUCUGUUGGAAGUGCAACACCGCAUGCACCCGGAUAUUUCCAAGCUGGUAAACCAGAAGUUCUACCAAGGUCGACUUGCCGACCAUGAAUGCACAAACAACGAGACUGCCCUGAGAGACUUCAAUAAGACGCGCUUUGGUGUAGAAACCAACCUCCUCUUCAUCGAUGUCUUCCCAAGUGAAGUCGAAAUAUCGAACCACUCAAAGAAGAACGAAACGCAUGCGUCAGUGGCUAUUGCCCUAUGCAAAGAACUACUUGAUUCGAAGGUCUCACCAAAGGAUAUCAUUAUCCUUGUACCAUACGAAGCGCAGUUCCGGACCUACUUGAAGAUCCUAACCCUUGAUCAUCGCAACGACCCUUCUCUCGGCCUGGACAAGCUGUCCGUGAAAAAAAUAGACUCCUUCCAGGGCGGAGAAAGCCCAGUCGUCAUCUUCGAUCUGACAGUGACUACUCAUGCCGGAUUCCUCGACGAUAAAACCCGCUUGAAUGUUGGGCUCAGUCGAGCCAAAAAUGCUCUUUACAUUGUUGGAAACAUGGAGGCUAUGCGAUCGAGUGUUUGGAGUUACGAGUAUGAGCAGAGAUACGCAACUUUGAUAGAGGUCCUAGACCAUAUCUCAGUGGCUAAGCUGUGCGUGCGAGACUCCAAACUCAGCGAAUCCGCUAAGACACAAGCUUCCACGAGGAGGUCCAUGGCUAGUUCUGGACGGGGUUCGGCUCGGGGUGACAUGUCCACCAAGCGUACAUAG